CCCGCCUCGGGGCGCCGCUCUGGGCGGCUCUUUUAGCGCGACCCCGGGGGCUGCGGCUCCGCCAGGCGCGGAGCGACCGCCCCUCCCCUGCCCUCUCCCACCCCGUCCCUCGCCCCUUCCUGCUCUCUCGGAGGGCGCGGCCGGGUGAGUCAGCGCCGCGGGUGGGGGCUCCGGGGCGGGGAGCUCCCGCCCGACCCUACAAAACCCCUCCCGCGCGGCCACCGGCCCCAGCCGCCGCCGGAGCCGCCGCCAGAGCCGCCUCGCCCACCCCGGCCAGCGUUCUGUCAAGAUGUCUACUGUCCAUGAAAUUUUAAGCAAGCUCAGCCUGGAAGGAGAUCAUUCUCUCCCUCCAAGUGCAUAUGCCACAGUUAAGGCUUACUCAAACUUUGAUGCUGACCGGGAUGCUGCAGCCCUGGAAACAGCCAUCAAGACCAAAGGUGUGGAUGAAGUUACCAUCAUCAACAUCCUGACAAACCGCAGCAAUGAACAGAGGCAGGAUAUUGCCUUUGCCUAUCAGAGGAGAACCAAAAAGGAACUUUCUGCAGCACUUAAGUCUGCUCUGUCAGGUCAUUUAGAGGCAGUGAUCUUGGGCUUGCUGAAGACACCAUCACAGUAUGAUGCCUCUGAACUGAAAGCUGCCAUGAAGGGCCUGGGGACUGAUGAGGACACACUUAUCGAAAUCAUUUGCUCACGGACAAAUCAGGAGCUUUAUGAAAUUAAUAGAGUCUAUAGGGAAAUGUACAAAACAGAACUGGAGAAGGACAUUAUAUCAGACACAUCUGGUGACUUCCGCAAGCUAAUGGUUGCCCUGGCCAAGGGCAAAAGGUGUGAAGAUACUUCUGUGAUUGAUUAUGAGCUGAUUGACCAAGAUGCUAGGGAGCUCUAUGAUGCUGGUGUCAAGAGAAAGGGAACUGAUGUUCCCAAGUGGAUCAAUAUUAUGACUGAAAGAAGUGUUCCACAUCUGCAGAAAGUGUUUGAAAGGUACAAGAGCUACAGCCCAUAUGAUAUGUUGGAGAGCAUCAAGAAGGAAGUUAAGGGAGAUCUGGAGAAUGCCUUCAUUAAUCUUGUUCAGUGCAUUCAGAACAAGCAGCUAUACUUUGCAGACAGACUCUAUGAUUCCAUGAAGGGCAAGGGAACCCGUGACAAGGUCCUGAUUAGGAUUAUGGUCUCCCGCUGCGAGGUUGACAUGCUGAAAAUUAAGAGUGAAUUCAAGAGGAAAUACGGAAAAUCCCUCUAUUACUUUAUCCAGCAAGACACAAAAGGUGAUUACCAGAGGGCGCUGCUGAACCUGUGUGGUGGAGAGGACUGAAAACUGUGAUGUGGGAAACAGAAAUGCAGAGACAUGCCUGUUCUGCUCUUCCUUUUACUGUAACCCGUGACAAAAUCGAGCCGCCAUGCAAACCCUGCCUCUACCCCUGCUUCACCACUGACGCAGCUCCCCAGCGCUGCCUGCACGUCUCAGCAGCAGCUCUGCUUGGCUCUGCCAGAGUUCCUAACAGCGUAAAGCCAGAGAAACUAACAUUCCCCAGAGAUAAAGGUUAAACGUGCUAGUGGAGAAUGCCUCUUUGUGUAAUGUUUCUAAUAAAACAUAAAUAAAACAGA